UGUGUCUCCUCCUCCAGGUGAAGAUGAUUGUGGGCCUCAUUCUCUUCUCUCUCCUCGUCUGGGUGGACAGCGGGGAGCCGCCAUGCACCUCCCCCAUCCCGGGUCUCCCCGGAAUUCCUGGGGCGCCGGGCAGAGACGGACGCGACGGUCUGAAUGGCGCCAAAGGAGAGAAAGGUCUGCCGGCAAACUUGAAAACGGCCGAAAUCAAAGGGGAAAAGGGAACUAAAGGCCCUGGGGGCCCAGUGGGAAAAAGAGGCCCCAGGGGACUCUCCGGGCCCCCGGGAGAGAAAGGCGAGCCGGGCCCCCGAGGUGACAGUGGGAUCCCCGGUAACCAGAAGCGCCAAUAUCAGUCGGCCUUCACCGUGAAAAGAAACACGGGGGAGCACCCCGAGAAGGACACGCCCAUCAAAUUCAACGAGGUCAUCACCAAUAUCCAUGACGACUACAGCAGGGAGACGGGCAAGUUUGUGUGCCGCAUCGCCGGCCUCUACUACUUUGUGUACCAUGCGUCCCAGUCACAGAACCUGUGCGUCACCCUGCGCGUGGACGGUGACACCAAGGCCAGCUUCUGUGACCACGUGUCCAAUACUCGGCAGGUGACUUCCGGCGGCGUCCUGGUCCAGCUGAAGAAGGGCCAGGAGGUGUGGCUUGUCACCAACGACUACAACGGCAUCAUCGGCAUCGAAAAUAACGACAGCGUCUUCACCGGCUUCCUGGUCUUUCCAGGUUAAGGAUGGACGUGUGGGCGGAGCU